AAAAUGCUUAGUUCUACUGUGUGUUUUUCGUUAAUGCUAAUUUUGUGUUAGCUGUAGAUUAGGUGAACUAUUAGAGGAUUAUCGAGGAUUAACAAAGUGAGUUGCGAUUAUAAAUAACGAAUCUAAUUAUAAGAAGCUGUUGAUGCAAGGAUUAGAUCUGAAGUCCACAUCAAACAGCUACAGUUUUCCAGUGAAAGUUCCACUGUUUUCUCCGGUUUGGACAGUCGUAAAUCCCGAAUAAUUAUUACACAAUGUGCAAACUUUUAUCUACAAUUUUUUUUUGUACUUGGUGGUAGGUGUGUGUGCUUGUGUAAUAGCUGCACGGUCUUCUGGAAAUGCGCAAGCUCGUGACCACGUCACAAUGAGGAGACCCAAAACGCGUCGUCUGUGAUGGUUGGAUCACAGUGGAAAACCGAUGGUGGCCGAAGCCCCUUGACUGACUGUUCGCAAUCAAUUGUAUGACACAACAUCAUACAAACACACAACCGCCCGGCAUCGACAGAAAACGUGCGUCUGGGGUCGCGUGGGUCCAACGAUCCUCCACCAUAUCAACAUAAUACAACUGCAUCAAGAAACUGAUGCUCACAGAUGGCUUACGACGAUGUCAUUCCGCUCCUCGGCAACUUUGGAAGGUACCAAAAGAGGAUAUACUUACUGCUAUGUUUGCCUGCCAUAAUCUGCGCCUUCCACAAAUUGGGUAACGUCUUUUUGGGCGCUAAACCUGAUUACAGAUGUCAGCUUCCGGAUGAGUUCCCAAAUGCGACGUACGCUUUGUCCGAGGAGCAAUUCAACGCCUCCUAUCCUUGGGACUACAAGAACAACAAAUUCGAUACUUGUUUAAUGAAAGUGGAUGGUGAAGAAAUUAGCUGUGAUCAUUACAUCUACGACUAUAGCAAGUAUGAAAGCAGCGCAGUCAUCGAGUGGGAUAUGGUGUGUGGGAAGUCUUACAUGAGGGCUACGGGAGAUGCCCUCUUCAUGGUGGGCGUCAUGUUGGGCUCAAUCAUUUUCGGAGAUCUUUCCGAUAGGUUCGGAAGGAAGCUGAUCUUCUUCAUAUCGUUGGUCAUCCAAGUGGUUUUCGGGCUAAUCGCCGCAGUGGCUCCAGAAUUCUGGACAUUCACCUUCACUAGAGCAAUCGUUGGAGCGACUACAUCUGGAGUGUUCUUAGUCGCUUAUGUUAUAGCGAUGGAGAUGGUUGGACCCAGCGAUCGUCUGGCCGCAGGCGUGAUUUGCCAAAUGUUCUUCUCCACCGGUUACAUGUUAACAGCGCUCUUCGCCUACUACAUCCACGACUGGAGGUGGCUGCAAAUAGCCCUCACCGUACCAGGCUUAAUAUUCUUCAGCUACUGGUGGUUCAUCCCAGAAUCCGCCCGUUGGUUGAUCAGCAAAGACAGAGUCGUAGAAGCGAAGGUUCUCAUACAAAGAGCAGCUAAAGAGAACAAAGUCACGAUUACGAACGAUCAGUUGGAUAAUCUUCUGAGGUCGGACGUCAAGCCAGUGGAUCCGAACGAAAAGCGCGCCACAAUCCUCGACAUCUUCAGGCACCCCAAUCUCAGGAAGCGCUCUCUGAUCAUCUUCUUCGACUGGUUUGCAAACAGUAUCACGUAUUACGGUUUAUCCUGGAACACGAGCAAUCUCGGGGGUGGAAACGAUUUCAUUAAUUUCGUAAUCUCCGGAGCCGUGGAGAUUCCCGCCUACACAUUCCUCCUCUUCACCCUUAACAGGUGGGGCAGAAAAAGUAUCCUGUGCGGAUGCAUGCUCACCGCCGGAUUAGCUUUAUUACUCACGAUGGCUGUUCCAGAAGAUCACAAAUGGUUGGUUGUCACUUUGGCCAUGAUCGGAAAGCUUGCCAUCACCUCCAGUUACGGAACCAUUUACAUCUUCUCCGUGGAGCAAUUCCCGACGAUCAUCAGGAACGCAGGUCUCGGCGCUGCGUCCACUUCAGCUCGUAUGGGUUCGAUUUUCGCUCCAGUCAUCAACAUCCUUAGCGAAAUUUGGACUCCAUUCCCACUGAUCAUCUUCGGAUUGUUAGCUUUGAGCGGAGGCAUCAUCUCGCUCGUGCUUCCGGAGACCUUAAACCAAACCCUUCCAGAAUCCAUCGCCGAUGGAGAGGCUUUCGGAAAGAAAGUUAAAAAACCUGAAGAUGUUCCUGAAGAAGUACCUCUGAAGACUAUCGAAGUGGAGAAACCCUCGAACGGAUCUGCGCCGCCAGUUUCAGAGGAUUAAAUGCUAAAAUUGCAACUGCCAAAUACGUAUAAUAAUAACUACACACACACACAAACACUCUACAUGCCAAAUGUGCUUAAAAAUGUUUAUUUUUUACUCCGUUCGUUGCAUUUUCGUGUUUAUAAAUGCAAUUUUACUUACGCUGAAUGUGAUAUGCACGUUAUAUAUAGAUAUAUAUUACAAAUAUUACGACCGUCGCGGUUUUUGUACUUGGAAUUAUUUAUAUUUCUCGGACCAAAGGUUUUAUAUA